AUGGAAGUCGAACGAACACUGAAUCCGACUUGCACUGGCACCUCAGUCUGUGCGUUAGCAUAUGAGGGAGGUGUUGCAGUGAUGUCCGAUCGUCUUGUUUCGUACGGCAAAACGGCUCGCUAUCGGCAUGUUACACGUCAGUAUCGCGUGAACAAUCAUACGAUCGUGGCAUUCGGCGGUGAUCAUGCCGAUUUUCAGUGGCUACAGAAUACAUGUGAGCUAAAAUCGCACGAUCCCGAGGCAGAUCUAAGCCCAAAAAUGCUGCAUGGCUUUCUCACAUCGCUACUGUACUAUCGUCGCACUCGAAUGAAUCCAGUUUGGAACACGCUGAUUGUUGCUGGAAUGCAGAAACAAAAAGAACAAUUGGAACCGUUUAUUGGUGUUAUUACUGCAAGGUUCACUUUAAUAUGCCGUAUAACAGCCUUUUUCUAA